CGAGACAUCGGGUAAUGUGAGACACCCCCUGUAUCUAGGCAACGGAACACAUUUGUGGUCAUGUGACCAUUAUGUUUUUGAGCAAAAUUCCCCUUGGCCAUGAAGAAGAAGACCUCAUGCUGCUGUGAAAAACCACCAUGCCAAGGCAAUACACCAGGAAGACAACCUGGGGUAAAACACCCCUUGAGGAGAUGGAGAGUGCAGCCGCUGAGGUCAAGGAAGGAAAGAAGUCUCUAAGAGCAGCUGCAAGGGAUAGAAAUAUUGAUAAGUCAAGCCUCCUAAGAUUUAUUAAGAAAAAAGAGAAAGGGGAAGUAAAAUCAGUAGCCUGGGGUGCAGUAGCUGAGGCAAAGAGAAUAUUCACAGAUGAGAUGGAGGAGGAGCUUGCCAAACACUUGAAACAACUCGCUGAACAGUUCCAUGGCCUUCCUCCAAUUAAGUGCCGUCAACUGGCAUUUGAAUACGCAGAGAAAAAUUAUAUACCUGUCCCUGCCAAUUGGACAAAGACACAAUGUGCAGGUGAAGAUUGGUUUGGCAGCUUCCUAGCACGCCGCCAUCUCUCUGUCCGAACUCCAGAGGCAACAUCCCUGGGAAGGGCUACAGCCUUCAAUAAAACUACAGUCGGGGAGUUCUUUGACAAUCUGGCUGUGUGUGCAGUGAAUGCUACUGGGAAUGCCAUACCUCCCAUGUUUAUCUUCCCCAGAGUUAAGUUUAAGGACUGCUUCAUUAUAGGAGCACCCCCAGGAGCCAAAGGUACCUCCACCAGAACGGGAUGGAUGAAUGAAGACACCUGGGCUGAGUUCCUUGAACACCUGAUACAGCACACUAACUGCAACCCUGACCAUCCCAUGCUGCUAAUCCUGGAUAAUCUUAAGGCUCACAUCUCACUCAAGGCAGUAGAAAUGGCCAAGAGCAACGGUAUUGUUCUGCUCACCCUCCCACUCCACACGUCCCAUCGCAUGCAGCCUCUCGAUGUGACCGUGUAUGGCCCAUUCAAGAUCCAAUACAGCCGAGCUCUUGAUGGGUGGAUGAGAUCAAACCCUGGUAAAACACUCUCGAUUUACCAGAUUGCAGGACUUGUGAAUGAGGCCUUCAUGUCAGCAGUGACACCACGCAACAUCAUUUCUGGAUUUAGGUCCACUGGGAUUUUCCCAUAUAACCGAGAAAUUUUCCCUGAUGAAGCGUUUGCACCAUCUAUGGUGUCAGACCGGCCAAACCCUGAGCUGCACCCUGCCACUGCAGAUGAUCCACCCCCUGCAGAUGAUUUGGAUGGUCCACCCCCUGCAGAUGAUCCCCCUUCAGAUGAACCACCCGCUGCAUAUAAUUCACUUGCGGAUGCUAAUCCUUUCACUGCGCAUGGUUCACAUGGAUGUGCCUCGCCAGCUGACUAAGAUGUGCAAUGUGUUCCCAGCCAACCUGGAUAUGUCUCUCCUCGUGAAAUCCUACCACUUCGCAAAUUUCCCCCCAGAAAACAAACCAAACGAAAGCGUGUGAAGACAGCCAUCCUAACUUAUACUCCUGAGAAGCAGGCAAUUGAAAAGGCUUAUAAAGAAAGACAAAAGAAACUGGCAGGGGAAAAGAAAAAUAGAAAAAAAGAAAAGGGAAAACUGAAAAAGAAAGCAACCAAAAAGAAAAUCAUAGUUAGCAGCUCUGAGGAGAGUGAUGUCCCUGUCCCAAUUGAUAAUGUGUCUGACAAAGAGAGCUCUGAGGAUGAGAGAAGUGAUUCAGGGAACACAGAUCUGUCCGUGGGUGACUUUGUCAUAUUUAACUUUGCAACCAAACACAGGAGCGUCCGUUACAUUGGCAUGGUUGAGAAAGUUGAGGAUCAUGAAAUACUUGCACAAUUUCUCAGAAGAAUCCAGGCAAACACGAAAGUGUGGGAGAGACCCACGUUUGCUGUAAAGGAAAAUGAUGUGGCACAUGUUCCUAAAAGUGAUGUGGUGAAGAAGCUGCCACAACCUAAAAGGCCUGGAGGAACCACACGGAGAGAGCAACUCUUCAUCUUUCCCUGUAACCUUCAGGGCUGGAAUGUAGAGUAGACAUAGUUGUAGAGUUGUAGACAGCAGGCUGGUGUUCUAAUCCAGGUGGGUCUAGUCCUGUGUUCCAGGCUGUUCUAGUUGGUUCUGAUUGUCUUUUGGACAAUCCUGGACACUAGCUGGCUCUAAGGGUCCUUUGUUCUGACCCCCAGACUGCGUUCUAAUCUAACUGGUUCUAUCUGUCAUUUGAAUGUUAAUUAAAACAUUUUGAAUUAUAUUAUGUUGUAUUUGAUUUGUUCAGAGUUACUGUACUUUCAAGUUACUUAUUUUUUUCAAAAUAAUGUGCUUAACUGACCAAUCGCCAUGAUUCUGUUACUAGUCCAACAUUACUUCUGGAAUGUGUGGUUGUCAAACUAGCUGUCAGGAUUCUAACUGUUACAACAUGUGUUGUUAUGGUAGUUUCAGAGUGGAAAAAGUUAGUGGAUCAGUUUACCCCCAGCUGGU